CCUUGGACUUGUCGGAGCUGCUCACAGUGCAGGCAGCUGCUGCCUGAGCCUCGGGGUGGUGGUGGGGGAGGUGACAGAUAUAUGGAUUUGUGUUUUCCAGACUCAUCGUAUAUCAUCUCGGGACCAAAAGAAGUGAGAGGCGGGGAGUGGGACUCAUUGUCUGUGCAGUGUCACUAUGACCCAGGGUGGGAGACCUACAGGAAGUGGUGGUGUCGUGGGCAUGACUGGAUUAGCUGUGAGAUCCUCGUUAUAACCAAUGGGUCAGAGAUGGUGAAGAAGAACCGUGUGUCCAUCAGGGACCAUCCGAGAAGCCUCAUGUUCACUGUGAUCAUGAAGGAGCUCAGGCGAGAAGAUACAGACACUUACUGGUGUGGGAUUGAGAGAACUGGAUCUGACCAUGGGGUCCCUGUUAAAGUGACCAUUGACCCAGGCUCAUCAGUUCCCAUCACGGGUCCAGAAGCAGUGAGAGGUCUGGAGCGGGGAGUCUUGACCGUGCAGUGUCGCUAUGACACAGGAUGGGAGACCUACAGGAAGUGGUGGUGUCGAGGGGCUGUUUGGGGUAGCUGCAAGAUCCUUGUUCAAACCAAUGAAUCAACAUUUGGGGUGAAGGAGCGUGUGUCCAUCAGGGACAAUCAGACAAACCACACGUUCACUGUGACCAUGAAGGAGCUCAGGCGAGAAGAUACAGACACUUACUGGUGUGGGAUUGAGAGAACUGGAUCUGACCAUGGGGUCCCUGUUAAAGUGACCAUUGACCCAGGCUCAUCAGUUCCCAUCACGGGCCCAGAAGCAGUGAGAGGUCUGGAGCGGGGAGUCUUGACCGUGCAGUGUCGCUAUGACCCAGGAUGGGAGACCUACAGGAAGUGGUGGUGUCGAGGGGCUGUUUGGGGUAGCUGCAAGAUCCUUGUUAAAACCCAUGGAUCAGCGUUUGGGGUGAAGGAGCGUGUGUCCAUCUGGGACGAUCAGACAAACCGCACAUUGACUGUGACCAUGAAGGAGCUCAGGCGGGAAGACACAGACACUUACUGGUGUGGGAUUGAGAGAACUGGAUCUGACCCUGGGUUCCAUGUUAAAGUGACCAUUGACCCAGGCUCAUCAGUUCCCAUCACGGGUCCAGAAGAGGUGAGAGGUCUGGAGCGGGGAGUCUUGACUGUGCAGUGUCGCUAUGACCCAGGAUGGGAGACCUACCUGAAGUGGUGGUGUCGAGGGCCUGUUUUAGGAAGCUGCAAGAUCCUUGUUGAAACCAAUGAAUCAGCGUUUGGGGAGAAGGAGCGUGUGUCCAUCCGGGACAAUCAGACAAACCGCACAUUGACUGUGACCAUGAAGGAGCUCAGGCGAGAAGACACAGACACUUACUGGUGUGCGAUUGAGAGAACUGGACGUGACCCUGGGUUCCCUGUUAAAGUGACCAUUGACCCAGCAACAACUGCAGUGUUGACCCCCACCUCCGCCAUCACCUCCACUGCCAACGCGUUCACAGUACCAGACACCCCAGAAGACACCACAGGCUUCCUGACUGUGACCAGCCAGCACUCCGAUGGCAGGUCCCUGCUCAGCAGCACCCGCUUCCUGCUCCUGGUCUUUCUGGAGGUGCCCCUGCUCCUGAGCAUGCUCGGUGCUGUCCUGUGGGUGAACCGGCCUCUGCGGGGCUCGGGGGGAGGCAGCGUCAGCCCCGCUCUGGGGACCAGUGACCAGUAGCUCCCGUGUUCAUCGAUGUCAUGUCUGAAAGUAAGAAACUCAAACGGAAGAAAGACUGUUCUAUUGUGAAAUGAUGGUGGUCAGCAGGGACCGUGGCCCUAGAGGCAGCCUGGGCCCUGCCUCAGGGACAGGACCCUAAUCCCUGGGGACCCACAGCUGUGAUGCCUGGGCCUCUGCCGCCCCCCUGCUGUGCACAACCCCUGGUCUUCCCUGUCCUGAGGCCCCCUCAGAGCAGGAAAUACGAACAGAAGUGCAGGAAGAGGCCUUUCGCCUGGGGCCCAGGUCCUUGCGGGGCAUUUCCGGCCUCAAGCCCGUGAGCACCUGCCAGGGUCCUGGGCUGAUUUCUGCGUCCCGUGUCCCCUGAGGUUUAGGGCUCCCGCCAAUCCCGGGCUUCACAAUUCUUGACCCGUGAAUAGAAAAACCGAACGGUGCACCGACGACACGCCAACCACGAGUGAAGCCUGAUGCACGGGGAACAGAAGCUUCUGGAACCCUUGCCCUGCUGCGUUGUUGUCACGUGUCGGGAAGGAAACUCUGGUGCCAGCUCCAUCCCUUGCCUCCUGCACGUCUGACACUGAACUUGGCAUCACCGCCCCUCAUGGUCCCCAUCACCCUUCCUGUUAGGAUGCAUAGAUGUUCUCACUUCUUUUGAGAGCAUCCUGGUGGCUGCCAGUCUCAUUCUGGCGUCACAGGGAGAUGCCCACGUAUGUUGGGGACUGUGACGUGAACCAUCGGUCGGACUGUGGAGCCUGGACCGGCCUAGCAGCUGGGGGCUGGGGCAGGCUGGGGAGGGAGGAGCCUGGAGCAGCUCCUUAUCCUUUCAAGAGCCGGACCCGGAUCGCUCCCAUCAGGGUGUGAGCCUUCCUGGCCGUCAACUGUGGAGGAGGGACGAGGACACCAGUACGCUGCUGCUUCGGAAAGACAAAAAGAUUCUUCCUUUCUGGCUCCUCCCUGGACUUGAACUUCUGGCAGCUUCAAGAUUGAAAAGGGAGGCCACUAGCGCAAAGGGCAGAAGAAAGAGCAUGAGCCAGGCCAGGAGGGACGGUGUGGGACAUGGCCAGGGGAGGUCUCGUCUGCAAGGGAUCCUGCUCAUCCCGCUGGGGCCAACUGCCUCACCGGGUUGCCCUCUGCACUGUGCUUGGGCCCUGAGACCCGCCAUGAGCAUCCUUUUUUUAAAAAUCCUCACCCGAGGAUAUUUUUCCAUUGAUUUUUAGAGAGAGUGGAAGAGAGAGGGAAAGACAGAGAGAAACAUCAAUGCGAGAGAAGCACAUUGAUUGGUUGCCUCCUGCAUGAGUCCCGACCAGGGCCCGGGCUGGGGAGGAGCUUGAAAUCAAGGUACAUGCCCUUUGACAGGAAUCGAACCUGGGACCCGUUGGUCCACAGGCCGACGCUCUAUCCACUGAGCCAAACUGGCUGGGGCAUGAGCAUCUUAUUUUUAACAGCGCAUUUACGCUACCGAUGGACUGUGCUGUACAAGGUGAGGACUUCGGCAUCUUGCCCCUUGCCCACCCUCCCCUUCCCAGUACUGAUUUUGCUGGUAUCGUACUUUUUGCAUGGAUGAUAUUUAUUCCCUUCUGUAAAUAUUUCCCAUGGUCGUUCCGCCUUUUUUCCCCCCUAUUUUUAAAUAUAUUCCCUGAUCACCAUAGCUUCUUUUUUCUUCAUUAUUUGAUUUAUUUCUUGGUUGGCAAAAUUUCAUCACGAUGUUGUUUUUCUAUUUUCCAAGGGCUCGCGGGUGCUGUAUUUCAUAAGCGCUUGUGCGCAUGGGAGUGUUCGUUGCCAAAAGCAACGAUCCUGGGUAGAAAAUUCCCAGAGGGUCCCGGCUGUUCUGGGAACGUGUAGAUUUUCCUUCACGUCCCCUGGGAUGCCGUGCCGUGGUGACAUCUGAUGCCAGCCUCUCCCCUUCAUAUUCGCCACUUACUCCCUCUGACCUGGGUCUUCUCUGAUACGGUCCCAUGCGAUUCUAUCUUUGUCCUGGAGGCUCUGUAACUUCAGAAGGUUCUAGGUGUGGGUCAUUAGGAACCUCUCCCCCCCCCCCACCAUCCCCCCCACCCCUACUGGGACACUGUGUGGAUUUUCAGUUGCAGAUGGAAGGGUUUCUUUAUUUCAGGAUCAUUUUAAAUUAAAUUCGAUCAUUUUCACUUGUGGCUUAUUUUUCUUUUUCUUAAGGAGCAUUUGUGGAAUGUCCUUCCUCUGUCUCCUGUACCUGUGUCUGCCUCUGCAGACAUUUUUAUAUCGCGUGUGUUUAAACUUCACUGUUGGGCCCUGGCAGGUGUGGCUCUGUGGGUGGGCAUCACCCCGUGCACCGAAAAGUUGCUGGUUCCGUGCACAGACAAUGCACAGACCCGCAACCCAGCUGUUUUAUAGACAGGAAUUUAUCCCACAGGCACAUUCACGAAUGCAUAUCAAGCCACAUAUGCAAAGACAGUCAUUAAGGAACUGCAUGUAGUUACAAAGAGCUGAAAACAACUCACGUGUCCAUCAAGAGGGAAAGAAUGAAACAAAUUGUAAUAUGCAGAUAUCAUGGAAUACUAUGCAGCCACUGAAAACAAAAGUCUACAGGCGGCCCUAGCCGGUCUGGCUCAGUGGAUAGAGCAUGGGCCUGCAGACUGAAGGAUCCUGGGUUCGAUUCCGGUCAAGGGAACAUGCCUGGAUUGCGGGCUUGAUCCCUAGUAGGGGACGUGCAAGAGGCAGCCGGUCAAUGAUUCUCUCUCAUCAUUGAUGUUUCUAUCUCUCUCUCUCUCUCCCUUUCCCUUC